CCUUGUCAAAGGUCGCGGUGGAAGGCUUGGAGAGGCCGGCGUUUUCCCUUCCCCUCCCCCGUUUCCGGGAGUUCCUGACUCUCCAGGAAUGGAAAUGGAGCGGGAGUGAAGCCGCCGUGGGACCCCCAACCCCCUCCCUUCCCCCCCUCCCCACAGCGGAGGAGCGCCGGCCUGCGGGAGGCCGAACAGUCACGGAAUUUCUUAUCCCGUCCAAGGCUCGCUAAGCAGUUGAUGCAGAAGAUAAAGAGGGCGCGCCUGGAAAACGAAACUGCAGGAAGUUGGAGAAGGUGCCCCGGCUCCCUGCUGGCUGGAAUUUGCCACGCCCUUUUCUACAACAUGAAGAGAUACAACUCAGACAGAGUUCCUUGACCAGUUCAGGAGGAAGGCCGAGGAUGACAGCAGUGGAUGCGUUGUCAGAUAGCGCUGAAGUCGUGGAGAUGGAGGACACGUCCCCUUCGCAAUUUCAGGUGGAGAAGCAUUCGUGGGAGGGGCUGCGGGACAUUAUUCACGGCAGCCGGAAGUACACAGGGAUGAUUGUGAACAAGGCACCCCACGACUUCCAGUUUGUCCGGAAGACUGAAGAAUCGAGCCCCCACUCCCAUCGGCUGUAUUACUUGGGAAUGCCAUAUGGAAGCAGGGAGAACUCCCUGCUCUACUCUGAGAUCCCCAAAAAGGUACGGAAGGAAGCCCUGCUCCUGUUAUCGUGGAAACAGAUGCUGGAUCACUUCCAGGCUACCCCACACCAUGGGAUGUAUUCCCGGGAGGAAGAGCUUCUGCGGGAGCGCAAGCGGCUGGGGGUCUUUGGAAUCACCUCCUACGACUUCCACAGCGAGAGUGGCCUCUUCCUUUUCCAGGCUAGCAACAGCCUCUUCCACUGUCGGGAUGGAGGCAAAAAUGGCUUUAUGGUCUCUCCAAUGAAGCCGCUGGAAAUCAAGACACAGUGCUCGGGGCCCAGGAUGGAUCCCAAGAUCUGCCCGGCUGACCCGUCUUUCUUCUCCUUCAUCAACAACAAUGACCUGUGGGUAGCAAAUAUCGAGACGGGAGAAGAGCAGCGACUGACGUACUGCCAAAAAGGCUUAUCCAGUGUGCUAGAUGACCCCAAAUCGGCAGGCGUUGCCACUUUCGUCAUUCAGGAAGAGUUUGAUCGGUUUACAGGGUACUGGUGGUGUCCCACCUCUAGCCAAGAAGGCCCCGAGGGCUGGAAAACAUUACGAAUCCUAUACGAGGAGGUGGAUGAGUCGGAGGUGGAGAUCAUUCACGUUCCUUCUCCUGCUCUCGAAGAAAGAAAGACGGACUCGUAUCGGUAUCCCAGAACAGGCAGCAAGAACCCCAAGAUCUCUUUAAAGCUGGCGGAAUUUCAGGCAGACAGCCAAGGGAAGAUUGUACAUGCCCAGGAUAAAGAGCUGGUGUACCCUUUUGCUACAAUGUUCCCAAGGGUGGAGUACAUUGCACGGGCCGGGUGGACCCGUGAUGGCAAGUACGCUUGGGCCAUGUUUCUAGACAGACCUCAGCAACAGCUCCAGCUUGUUCUUUUCCCUCCCGCGCUCUUCAUCCCGGUACUAGAAAACGAGGAGGAGCGCCCCGAGUUUGCCAAAGCCAUGCCUGAGAACGUCCACCCAUUCAUUAUCUAUGAAGAAGUCACCGAUGUCUGGAUAAACGUCCACGACAUCUUCUAUCCUUUCGCCCAGCCAGAGGGGGAAGAGGAGGAGCUCUGUUUUAUCCGAGCCAAUGAAUGCAAGACGGGCUUCUGCCACCUGUACAGGGUCACAGCGCUCCUCAAGCGGGGCAGCUACGACUGGUCCCGGCCGUACGUCCCCAGCAAAGGGGACUUCAAAUGCCCUCUCAAGGAGGAGAUUGCCCUAAGUAGUGGAGAAUGGGAGGUUCUGGCCAGGCAUGGAUCAAAGAUCUGGGUGAAUGAAGAAACGAAGCUGGUCUACUUCCAGGGCACGAAGGACACCCCUCUGGAACAUCACCUCUACGUGGUCAGCUACGAGUCUCCUGGGGAGAUCGUGCGGCUCACCACGUUGGGCUUCUCCCACAGCUGUUCUAUGAGCCAGAAUUUCGACAUGUUCAUCAGCCACUACAGCAGUGUCAGCACCCCACCCUGUGUACAUGUUUACAAGCUCGGCGGCCCGGACGACGACCCCCUCCACAAACAGCCGAAGUUUUGGGCUAGCAUGAUGGAAGCAGCCAGCUGCCCUGCUGACUACAUCCCGCCGGAGAUCUUUCACUUCCGCACCCAGUCGGAUGUUGAGCUUUACGGGAUGGUCUACAAACCCCACGACCUCCAGCCUGGGAAGAAGCACCCCACGGUUCUUUUUGUCUACGGAGGGCCUCAGGUCCAGCUAGUGAAUAACUCCUUCAAAGGCAUCAAGUACCUGAGACUCAACACGCUGGCAUCCCUUGGCUAUGCUGUGGUGGUGAUAGACGGGCGAGGAUCCUGCCAGAGAGGCCUUAAAUUCGAAGGGGCUCUGAAGAAUCAAAUGGGCCAGGUGGAGAUCGAAGACCAAGUGGAAGGUUUACAUUAUGUAGCGGAGAAAUACGGGUUCGUUGACCUCGGCCGCGUUGCCAUCCACGGCUGGUCUUACGGGGGCUUUCUCUCGCUCAUGGGGCUCAUCUGCAAGCCUCAUGUCUUCAAGGUUGCUAUUGCAGGGGCCCCGGUCACAGUAUGGAUGGCAUAUGAUACCGGAUACACGGAACGGUACAUGGAUGUCCCAGAAAACAACCAGCCAGGCUACGAAGCAGGCUCAGUGGCGUUGCAUGUAGAAAAACUCCCCAAUGAGCCCAACCGCUUGCUGAUCCUCCAUGGAUUUCUCGAUGAAAACGUGCACUUUUUCCACACCAAUUUCCUGAUUUCUCAGCUAAUCCGGGCUGGAAAACCUUAUCAGCUACAGAUCUACCCCAACGAGCGACACAGUAUUCGCUGCCCCGAGUCAGGGGAGCACUAUGAAAUCACACUGCUGCACUUUCUCCAAGAGUACCUCUGAGGGUGGGCUCUGCCACAACCAUUGCAGACCCCGACAGCUUGCAGCUCCGCCCCUUUGUUCCGUGGCAGCCUCCGAGCCUGAGUGCGUCUCUCCUGGGCCAGGCAUGUUGUCCCGAAUCGGAGGAGAGCUGAGACCCGCCCCGCGCUCCGGAUGGCGCAGCUCUGCCCUCGUACCUCCAGCCUCUCUUAGGGUUUUUCUUACCAUUUCCCCAUUUUUUGCUGCUACUUCCUUUGUGCUGGGAAUAAAGACAGGCAACUUUCUCUCUCCCCCCGAACUCCCGCCCCACUCUCCCCACUGCAGUUCUGUGUUUGUGUCUGUCUCUCUCUCCUCUUGUUGUUCUCUCUCCGUCCCCCUUGAGUCCCACUCUCUUUCUUGUGAGAGAGACAUUUACCUUCAGGGGAUGCAAGAGCCCCAGGAAGCCACUGGGAAGGGGCGGGGCGGGAAGAAAAGAGGACAAGAAGAGACCAAGAGAGAGAGAUGUAGACAGCUCAGUGUCUCCUGCUGUCGCUUCCUUGCUGUGAUGUGCUAAGAAGCUGGGAACUCCGGGAUUGCAGGGAACCAUUUAGGAGCAUGAAACUCUGAUCUUUGGGUUCCCCCCCCGACCCCCUGGACCCUUUGUUCUUGGGCAACGUUGUUCUGAAAGAGGUAGCCAAGCAUUCAGUGCUCAUUUACCCCAAAACCGCAGCUGCAUUUGGGUAUGGUGGGUUUGGGGGUUGGUUGGUGGUUGUUCUUUGCAUUGCAAGAUUUUAUGCAACAAUCCCCCCCCCCGCAUUUCUCAGUAUUGUACCCCGCCCCUGUCUCGCCCCUUUGCAGCUCUGUCUCAUCUCGUCGCCGCAUCCUGAGCCUUCAGGUGUGGGUUUUCAACGUUGGUCCUCUGUUCAGUUCUCUGCAGGUCAGCGACUGUAUCUCAUCCUCUUUCAGCAGAUAUACGCUUGCUUGUUUUUUCCUCUCUCUCCCUCUGUUCUGCCACCCACUCCACCAUGCCCUCCUGGCCUUGGAUUUUACCCGGUUCUCAUGAACUGCAGUUUGGGGAGGGUGUUGGGAGAGGAGCAGGCCCCAGGGGGGUUGCCACAUUCUGCACCUCAGGGUAGAGCCUCCCUGCCCUCUUGCCCACACCCUUCCCGCCACCCUCCCCUGCUCGGGGAGGGAAACAACAAAAUGGUAAGCAGGGAGAAACGUCAACUGGCCUAAAACACGAACCACAGCUGACUUGCCCGAGUAUCUUAAGUGCGUAUUAUGAAAAGAAAAUAUUUUUAUGAAUUCUUAUUCUUUUAUAAUUAUGAGUGGUAAGAUGUAGUGACUCAUUAAAAUAUUGGAAACCGGAA